CAACCAACAAAUUUCGAAAUAUUUUUCUCCCUCAACAUCACCUGAAAAAAGGUUGAAUGAUAUUAGAAAUGUUUUGAAUGACACGUUCAAAUUAAAGGAUUUUAGAAAAAAUCAACUUGAAGCAAUUGUUCAAACACUGGAUGGAAAGGACGUUUUUGUAGUAAUGCCAACUAGUGGCGGAAAAAGCUUGUGCUAUCAAUUGCCUGCACUGAUAAAAACAGGAAAAACCAAAGGUGUAACCAUUGUUAUUUCACCAUUGCAAUCACUAAUCAUUGAUCAAGUUUAUAAUUUGGAAAGACACAAUAUAUCAGCAUUAUGCUUAUAUAGUGAGCAAGAAGACAAAGAAAAACAAAAUGUCUACACUGAACUUGAUAAAACCAUACCAAGUUGCAGGUUGCUAUAUUUAACUCCUGAAAUGUUAAAUAAAAAUACAAAAAUUUCUUCAGCAAUAAGAUGUUUGUAUGAGAGAAACCAAUUAGCAAGAUUUGUGAUCGAUGAGGCUCAUUGUGUUAGUGAAUGGGGUCAUGAUUUUAGGCCAGAUUAUAAAAAAUUGCACAACUUGAAGGAAAUUUAUCAAGAUAUCCCUGUCGUCGCUUUAACAGCAACAGCAACUUCUGAAGUAAGAUCUGAUAUAAUAAAUAUUUUAGGAAUCCAAGGUUGUAAAGUUUUAGUGCAAGAAAUUAAUCGAGAAAAUUUGUAUUACAAAGUAUGUGGGAAAGAGAAUGACAGUAGUAAAUCAUUGCAAAAUCUUGUUAAACUUGUUAGAAGUUAUAAUGGAAAAUCGGGAAUCAUUUAUUGUACUACCAAAAAAUGCUGUGAGAAUGUUGCACAAUACAUCCAAAGAUCAGGAAUUCCAGCAAAUUAUUACCAUUCGGAUGUAGAGAAGAAAAACAAAAUUAUUAUACAAAAUGAAUGGCAAUCAGGAAGGCUUCAAAUUGUUGUUGGAACCACAGCCUUUGGAAUGGGGAUCAACAAGCCUGAUGUGCAUUUUAUCAUUCAUUAUUCAUUGCCUCGAUCUCUGGAGGAGUACUAUCAGGAGACAGGGAGGGCUGGCAGAGAUGGAAGCUAUUCUGCAUGUGUUCUUUUAUUUGUAGGUAGUGAGUAUAAAAAAUUAAGAAAAAUUAUAGAAAAAGAAGAUGAGUCUCAAAAGGAUAAAAAAUUAUCAAACCUUCUUUUGAUGAAGGAAUAUUGUGAAAAUACCACAGAUUGUCGCAGGAAACAGUUAUUGGGGCAUUUUGGAGGAAAAUUUGAUCCAUCAAAAUGCAAGGAGAUGUGUGACAAUUGCACAGUGGGGAAAUAUAGGAUUCAUAUGGAGAAUAAGGAUAACUCAUCAUCAAAUACAAUUGAGAUCAUUCAUGAAAGCAAAAAUGCUGCUUCUGGCUUUAAAAGAAAUUCCACAAACAAUUUACAAGAUUAUACUAAUGAAAAGGAAGUGAAUGUAAAUGAAAAAGAAGGAGAGCAAAAACUAGAUGACAGUGAUGAUAAAGGUGAGGAGGUGAAAAAAAAUGACAAUGAUGGUGAGAGAGAAAAUAAAUCUGAGGGUAUGGUUGAUGAUGUUGAAGUUCCAACAUCAUCAAGUCAUGAAACAAGCAUCCCUGAUCAUUCUACAUCAAGUUCCAAAACAUUGAAGAAACGUAAGGAAAUUGUAGGUGAUGAUGAUAGUGAAGACAAGUCUAGAAGUCCUGUUAAAAAAUCAAAGAUAGUGUAA